UGCGCCUAAUUCGAAUCCUUAGCGAUCGCUAGCUAGCCAUGAAAGCGAAUCGAAGGAGAUGAACGGCCUGUUGUUUAUUGUUUUCACCACCUCACACAUUGAGUAGCUGUACAUUGACCAGAUAUAAACGAUCCAUUGUAGAACCAAGCGCUGGUUGGGCACAAUCAUGGCACGAGAGCGGGCGACGCAGCCCCAGAAAAAGUCUUUCCAGCAGAGUCUGGAUGACAUCAAAGAGAAGAUGAAGGAGAAGAGGAACAAACGCCUUGCAAGCGCGUGCGCGGUCAACAGAGGGAAGCCGAAAGGCAAAACAAAUGGUCAGGUGAAGCCCUUUGUGCUGAAGAGUGUGCAGGUGAACAACAAAGCACUGGCUCUUGCACUUGAGGCAGAGAAAGAUAAAGUGCGUCAAGCCCAGGGGGUCAUACUGCAGCUGAAAAGAGAAAGACAGGCCCUCUUCUUUCAUCUGUUAUUACUGAAACGGACUGCCUUAACAAUGCAGAGUUCCACCCCUGAGCCACAACGACGACUGGAUUCUUCUUCCAGUGGUCUAUCGGGUUCUAAGAAAGGGGCAGGAGGUGAUAUGUGUCCUGACGACUUGGCUAAACAACCAGUUGAGGCUGUCAGCACGGGCGGCCAUUGUCAUGAUAAGAUAUCACCACAGUUACCGGCAACGGUUGGAACAAGGCGUCGACGUAAAACUGGUGGAUGGAGGUCAGAAUGUAUUGACCCAGCUUAUCCACCACUUGCUGCUACGGAGAACGCAAGCACACAGGACCAAGAAUCUCGACUGGUUGAAACUCAGGAGGAGGUAGAAGAAGAAGCUGGACUUCAUGACUGCAGUGAGAUGAUGGAAACUUGUCUUGAACCACAUAAUGUACAGACUAAGGUGCACCACGCCCCUGAGCAGCCCAAAAAGAGAGGUCGACCCCCCAAACAGGCAACUCAAAAACAGACAGCUCCCAAACAGACGGCUCCCAAACCCGCAGCUCGCAAACAGACAGCUUCCAAACAGACAUCUCAGCUCUCCACCGAGGGGAACCAACCCCAAACCCAGAUCCCGGAUCCCCCUUGCCCAGUGAGAGGGAGGAUGUUACAGACAGGCCCACAUGCCCGCAGGGUGGUUGCUGCUCCGCUGAAAAGGCCCUGGGAGAACAGCCGACCUCGCGCGCGCUCCAAGAGUCGAGAUCGCACAGGUGGCCGUGCCACACAGCCACCGCCUAGCAACUCUCAGAAACACCAAGCCCCCAAUAUCAACAACUCCCUGAAUAUGAACGACACGUUUGACUUCGACUGUGAGGAAGCAGUGCACAUGACCCCUUUCAGAGGGGGCCCUAAGGCGGACCAGUGCUCAACUGAAACGGCUCAGGAUCCACCUCAAGAGGACACUCCGAAGACUAACAGCUCGUUGUCUGAGGAUGAGGAAGAAGGUGAUAGCUUGUACAUUCCUAACAGCAGAACAUGCAGGAGGCAGGAGGUCCACAGUCCCCCCAGACGGGCACGCUCAAAGAGAAGGGCUGCGCUCCAGGGGGCUAAUCAAGGAAAGACUGGCCACCGUCGCACCUCGGACAUCAAGCCCCAGACAGAGAGGGAUUCCAGGAGGACAGAAGCCAUCAUUGAUGACCAAACCGAAUCCCCUGACAAAGAAGGGCUCAGAGUCUCAGAAUCCUUUGGCGCAGGAAUCCAGCCUCUGCAGUCUCCUUGUACUGAAUUACUGCCCGAUUCCCCGGUGUUUGUUUAUUCUGAGAAUCUCGACCUGUCAGAGUACAACAAAGCCACUGGUACAGCAGACCUGAAAGAUGAAGGGCCAAGGUCUCCAGCUGCUUCUGAUAUGGAAGAGGAGCUUUUGUUGAUUGAGGACCCCUUAUGUGGACUGCCAAGCCGAAGCCAGUCUCUGGGGCUGGAGCGAAAAAAGCCCUCACUGAAAUUCAGGAGAUGUGCAGGUGGAGCAGUGGUACGGUCAGCGGUCGGCGUGGCUCUGACUGACAUGACCAAUCUCUCUCCAGCGGCCCGGCGAGCCCUCCCUUCUGUUCAGAGCCAUCCGCUCCCUGGCCACUCCCCCGUCAUCCGUAAACGCAGAUGCACUGCUGCUGUUGAUUACAAGGAGCCUUCAAUUAGCAAGAAGCUGAGACGUGGUGAUAAGUUCACAGACACAAAAUUUCUUCGCUCACCCAUUUUCAAACAAAAAUCUCGCCGCUCACUCAAGAGGAUGUCCAGUCUUGGGAAAUAUAAUGAAUCAUUUGUAGGAUGCCAUUGACUGUCUUUCUGUGUAGAUGCACUCUUAACUGUUUGCUCGUCCCCUGUCUUAUUAUCUCUGUCCUUUUUAAGAAAACCAUGAUUUAUUUUACAUGAUUUAUUUUAUAUACAUUUGACCUUGUAUCAUAGCUUUAACAUGAUCAUUAAAGUUUGAUAGACACAUCAGA